UUGGUUACAGUUUUUGAAAAAUAAAUUAAAUGUGUUACUCCUGCAACCGGUGAUUACAAAGUCGCAAAGAGAAAGCGUUUAUAAAAGGCAGGAUGGAACUGCGUCCACUUGUCAUGUGUUUUGCUCUCUGCGUGGUUUAUGCCACCAGCAAACCCACAGAGAAGAAGGAUCGUGUUCAUCAUGAUGAGCCCCUCAGCAACAGAGAGCAUGAUGAUGCAGAGAACUUUGAUUAUGACCAUGAAGCCUUUCUGGGUCAAGAUGAGGCCAAGACCUUCGACCAGCUCACACCCGAGGAAAGCAAAGAGAGGCUUGGCAUGCUGGUUGAGCGUAUAGAUGACGAUAAGGAUGGAUUUGUGACAGUUGAAGAGAUGAAAAAGUGGAUCAAACACGCUCAGAAAAGAUGGAUCUAUGAUGAUGUGGACAGACAGUGGAAGAGUCAUGACCUAAAUGGGGACAAUAUGGUGUCCUGGGAGGAGUACAAAAACGCCACAUAUGGAUACAUUCUUGAUGACCCAGAUCCUGAUGAUGGUUUCAGCUACAGGCAGAUGAUGGCCCGUGAUGAGAGAAGAUUCAAAAUGGCCGACCAAGAUAAUGACUUGAAAGCAAACAAGGAGGAGUUCACAGCCUUUCUUCACCCUGAGGAGUAUGACCACAUGAAAGAUAUUGUAGUGCUGGAAACUAUGGAGGACAUUGACAAGAAUGGAGAUGGUUUGAUAGAUUUAGAUGAAUAUAUAGGCGACAUGUACAAUCAGGAGGGAGACGCCACAGAACCUGAGUGGGUAAAAACAGAGAGGGAACAGUUUACUGAAUUCAGAGACAAAAACAAGGACGGGAAGAUGGACAAGGACGAAACCAGAGACUGGAUCCUGCCCAGUGACUAUGACCAUGCUGAAGCUGAGGCCAAGCAUCUGGUCUACGAGUCAGAUGCAGACAAAGAUGGCCGUCUGACCAAAGCAGAAAUCGUAGAGAAGUACGACUUGUUCGUUGGAAGCCAGGCAACAGACUUUGGAGAGGCUUUGACUCGACAUGACGAGUUCUAACACCCGCCUGCCUCCAAAGACUCUGUGCUCAUCUUUUGAACCACCUUACUGCUUGACAGUGGAUGGAGUACUCCCAACAAGAUGAGCUCCUCUAAUCCAACGCCACGGACAAUAAUUUAUUUGAUUUCUUGAAUGUGUCCUAUUGUACACAAUAUUACACUGUCAGUAAUGUGUACAUUCUCGACCAGUGUGCCCUCAUGCUCAUGUUCUUAAGAGUGGGACAUAUCCCCAGCCUUUGUUUCUGCUUCCUCGCACUACACUUGGAGGUCGGUUGAAGGAUAAUUUAGUUAGUUUACCUUUAUUUUUCUUUGAAAGGGGAAUUUUAUGAAAAAGCCAUGUUUUGUUUCAAACCCAUGACAAAAAAAGUUCAGGUAUGCAGAAGGCACAAUGAUUUAUCCUCCUAUUUCUUUUUGAGAUGCACUGGACUGCAACGAGUGGAGCUGAUUCCUAGGCACUAGAAUUUUACCUACUCCUCUGUCUUAUCAUAUCGCCAAACCCAAACUAAAACUCUAGUUGCUGGCUCAAUGUUACGCUGUUGUCUCUUUUGAAAUGGGGGUUUGCUGGAUUAUGGGAUGUUUGGAACGAGGAGUAAAAAGUUAACUCCAGUGACAGUGAAGACUAUUUAGCGUAAUAGUGUCAUCAGUGGGAAUACACUGUUUGCUUCUGUGGUCCAAAAAGCAUCCAGGCUAACACACAGAGUGGUUGGUUCUGCACUGUGGAAGUCGAAGGAAUCAAUGUGAAGUUAGACGCAGAUGAAUCCUUAGGGCCGCCUCCUUUCUUUUUGUUUUUUCAUCACCCAAUUGUGUGUGUGUGUGUGUGCGUGAGUAUCUGUGUGUGUAAAUGUUUCUUGAUGAGUGCUUUCCCUAUUUUGUAUGUCAUGUCUUGAUUUUUGUUUAAUUCAGCAGAACUUUAUCAUUUUUUUAAGCUAUUCGAAAAAAAAAAUUGCCAUCAAACACUUCCUUUCAAAAAUAGUUUGUUAUGCUUGUUUUGUCACUUCCACCGUUUAUAACCACUGAUGAUUUUUACAGUAUUGUACUAUUGUAUAUGAUAAUGUUUUUUUACAGGCUCACUGCAGUGACCACCCUUUCACUAGUAACUUUACUGUAAAUACGUUGUUGGAGCACCCUAACAAUCAGGUCCAGUUUUGUGAGUGAGAGUGUCCCAAUAAAACAGAUAAAAUUG